AUGCUGCUUAGAGGUCUGCGGUCUUCGAGAAGGUUGCCGGAAUUUCUGGGAAAUCGGUUUUAUCCUGCCACCGCGCAGAAAUACACCAAUGACAAUGUGAUGAAAGUGAAGCAGGCGCUGAAUCUGGCAUUAGACGAGGAAUUGGCCAGAGAUAAGGACGUGUUUAUUCUGGGAGAGGAGGUUGGACAUGCUGGAGGGGCUUAUGGAGUAAGCCAUCUAAAUACGGGGAUAUUCUAAGUGCGACGCUCACAAAGAUAUGGCCAAAAGUAUUUUUCUCUCUGAAAACUCGCCAAGUUUAACAUACUCUCUCGGCCGAAAUGUCGUUGAAUCUCUCUGUUGCUCCAGCAAAGCGCGAGCUAACUUCCAGGAAUUUAUGUAUGGCCUGUACCUGCAGGGUAUGCGAAAUUAAUGGAAAAUCUGAGCGUCGCACUUGAUACACUUCCUUUGCAAAGCUGAUAUCUACUGCGCUCGUUCAAAACUUUUAAAAUUCCAAACUUGUCGGCUUUUAGGUCACAGCAGGUUUGUGGGAAAAGUAUGGGGAUAAAAGAGUUGUGGACACUCCCAUAUCCGAAAUGGGAUUCAGCGGACUGGCGGUUGGAGCGGCUUUCAAGAAGCUCAGACCAAUUGUGGAUUUCAUGACUUGGAAUUUUGCGAUGCAAGCGGUGGAUCAAGUUGUUAAUAGCGCCGCAAAAACGCUGUAUAUGUCCGGCGGGACGGUAGGGAUAUUUCUCAGCGCAUUAACCAUAGCUUUAGAUCCAUUGUCCCAUCGUUUUCCGAGGGCCAAACGGGCCUGCGCCAGGAGUGGCAGCCCAACAUACCCAGGAUUUCUCUUCGUGGUACGCUCAAAUUCCUGGCCUCAAAGUUGUCGCUCCAUAUAACGCGGAAGAUGCCAGAGGACUUUUGAAAGCUGCCGUCAGAGAUGAUAAUCCCGGUAGGAGCGGUUUAGGCAUUUUAAAGGGGCUUUUGGCCUAAAAAUCUCGUUUGUUUGAGCUAUGAGUCCCGCUUAUGUUGUAGUAUGUAUAAAGAAUUUUUCUGAAAAUUUCCCAAAUUUUAUCCAACCUGAGCGUCGCGUAAAAUCCUCCUCAUCAGCCUCGUUUCAGUGGUGAUUCUCGAAGACGAAGUGCUGUAUGAGUUGGCUUUUCCCGUGUCCGACGCGGCUUUGCACAAGGAUUUUACUGUGCCAAUUGGGAAGGCGAAGAUCGAAAGAGAAGGUGGUGAUGUCACAAUUGUCGCUCAUUCCAUGGGCCUACAUCAUGCUCUGCAAGGAGCUGAAGAGCUGGCGCUUAUUGGGAUCCAAUGCGAGGUGGGGUCGACUAACUGGUAUAAGACUGUCGGGAAUAUAAUGUGGUUUUGUCGGAGCAAAAGUUCUCGCCUCGUCGCGGAUCAACUCUCCAAUCGCUAGCCGUCGCGAAGCGAUGAUGGGUGAUUCCAAGACGCGAUGAAUCUACAUUAUUUUUCCGACAGACUGAUAUGCAUCUUGUCAUAACCUUCACUCUUAAGGUCGUGAAUCUCCGUUCUCUGCGGCCUUUCGACUUCGAAACUGUCGCGAAAUCGGCGCUAAAAACCCGCAAAGUCGUCAUAGUCGAAGUGGGCUGGCCAUUCUGUGGGAUUGGAGCGGAGAUCAGCUCCCAAAUCAUGGAAUCCGACGUGUUCUAUCACCUGGAGCAUCCGGUGCGGCGAGUUACCGGCGUCGACGUCCCCACUCCGUACAACGAGACCUUGGAGCGCAAGGCGUUCCCCAGCGCUGCGACCGUGGUCAAGGUGGUGAAGAGGAUUGUGGAGCAGGCCAAGCGGGAGAAACACGUCUGGCAUGGAUAUUAG